AUGGAAGCGCCGCACCCGGUCGAGUCGACGUCGCGCUUGGCAGCAAGGACGCUGGCGCUCGUCAAAGAGUCGGACGCGCGUGGGCCGAGCCUCGCCAAACACGCCGACGUCAUGACACCGCGUCCGCGCCGCGCCAUUGCAUCGGCCGGCUCCACACGCCAAAAGCCGUCGUACGACGACAACUUGAAACCACCGGCAGCGACCAUGACCAAAGGGCAUUUCUUCGCCAAGCUUCAAAAGCGCAAGGAGCUGCUGCACCAGGAGGCGCCACUUGACGCUCGCCCGUCGGCGCGCAAGCCCUUCGUGGCGUCGAAACAGGGCCCGGCGCCCAUCGCGCCGUUCGUCGAGGCGCCGCUGGCCCACGACGUCGGGUCGGCCAUCGACACGCGGGGCCACGCCGCAAUUACGAGCUGGCUCGAUGAAUUUCCCAUGGAAGAACGCGACUUUUUGUCGCCGACCAACUUUUUCGAGCUCAAAACGUCGCAAGCGCGGCGGCUCACGGACGGCUGGCCGACGCCCCAGCGCCUCCGCAUCGCUGUCGCGUACACAGCACUGACGUCGCUGGCCGCGCGCCACGCGUCCAUUCCCCCACGCUUGCUCGCGCAGUGCCUCGAGGAGCUCGCGCCGGCCAUUUAUGCCAAUGCCUCCGACUUUGACGACGCCCAAGACGCGAUUGAUGAGAACCCCUUUCUCUUCUACUACCAGCAAGCGACGCUGCAGCACGACGUCGUCCAAGCCAAGAUACGCGAAGUCGAGAGGCUGGAAGAACGCAUCGCCGAGCUCAGCGAGCAAUUGGACGACUAUCAAUGCAAGCAGAAACGCAGCAUGUCCCACGCCGUCGUCGGUCGCUUCAAAACGAGCCUGAACAUGUUCAAAGCCAACCACGUCGCGCCCCAAGCACCCACGUCCGCAGUGGUUGAGCACCACCCCGAAAACCGACUCCCGACCGAGACCGAGAUCUGCGCCUACUUUAGUCUCAUGUCCCCCGAAGCGCUGUCGUCCAUGCUGCAUCGACUGUUUAAAGACCCCAACAUGCCGUCGCUGACGCAGACACUGGCGCACCUCGUCGAUGAGCUGGACCCUGACCAGCGCGAAUCGUUCUACCACGCGUACCAAAAAAGCAUGUCGGCCGACGAGCUCUACAACUUUAUCGCCAAUGAAAUCAACCAGCACAACCAGUACCUUCGCGACGCUACUGUGCGCUUGACCAAGAAGACGCCAACCGGGCUCUUGUCCGAGUUUGUCUUGGGCCUGCAAAAGCAUCUUCUUCUCCAGGACAAGGCCGCGCCCCCGCUGGCCGAAACCAGCGACUCGGCACUGACGGCCGUCGAAGCGUUCAUUCUCGUGCACGUCGAGUCGUUCAUGGCCCGUCUCACGACGCUGCGCCAGGACGUCGGCGAGAGCUCGCUCGUGGAAAUCAUACCGCGGCAUGCGCAGAUUCGGAAUGACGUGGCCAAGCUGCUGGAAUUUCUCAUCCUGCUCGAGGGCGGGGACCCGUCGUCGCUCCUUGAGGGCCUGGACGACGACACGUCGCGGACGAUGCCCCUCUACGACGUGUGCACGACGAUCUCGGCCUUGGUGUGCGAAAAGCUCAUGCAAGACGCCAACGACAAGUCGCUGCAGCUGCAGCCGCUCAAGGUCUUUACGCGGCAAUACUUUAUCCGCGUCUACGGCCUCAAGUCGCUCGCACUCUCGCACAUUGCUUCGUUUCGAACGGCGCUCCAAGUGCACUGCAAGGAAAACCCGCGCGUCGGUCUCUUUCACUGGUUCCUCGGCCUCGACGAAGCGCGCACCAUGAGCGCAGAGCUCGGAUUUGCGUUCUUCAAGUCGCUCAUCAAGCACGUCAUCUACACCAUGACCAAGGUCAAGAGUGCGACCAUGAACCAGAUCGAGUCGGCGCCCAUCACGACGCUCGAGUCACUCAUGUACGCGUGGAACGAUCUCAUUGGCGACGGCUACUCGAGCAAAGAUUCAACGGCAAAAGACGCGCCGACCGGGACGUUCCGCGACAAGAAGCGCCUGAUUCCUGUGCCGAAAGCGCUCGAAGUGUGCAAAGUUGCGUUCAACGAGGUGUUCGAGAAGGACAGCUCGGUGCUCGCAGCGAUCGACGACGUCCGGUGUGCGGGGACACCGGCGCUGCCGAUGGAAGAUUUUCUCAUGCAGCUCAUGGACGCGUGGUCCGAGGCGCUCGAGCGGCUCGUCGUGGAGCUCCGGCUCAAGUUUAAAGAUGCCGACAAGAACGGCGACGGGACCAUGGACUUUGAAGAGUUUUUCGCCUUUCUCGUUACCGCCAAGAUGCUCGACACGACCAAACUCGAAGACGCACGCCGCGGGACGCAGCGCGACGGCGCAUCGGCGACGGCCAUGGCCGACAUGCGCCACACCAACGCCGUGCGGCACAAGGCGAUCAGCAUCUACGACAGUCUCGCGAACGACCACAACAUCAUCGACGAGACGCAUUUCGUGUCGUACAUGCUCGGCCAGCUCCUCAAACCCACGGGCCGCAAGACAGACGACGAGAAGCCCGAGACAGCACGCAGCAGCGACGAGACGGAGGCCAGCCCGUCGCGCCGCCAGGACGAGCGACGGGCAUCUCGGACAAGCCACGGAAAGGAGUCGCCGCCGCGCCGAUCGUCACGGGCGCCAGUGAGCGAACAAGGCGACGACGACAUGUGCGAAGACACGUAG